AUGGCUACCGUUUCCAGCAACCCUCUUAAGAACGACAACGCUUUCAACAGCGACUCAGACUCUGAUGGCCAGGCGCGCGGAGGACGUCGAGCCCUGGCUCAGACCGGUCCGUACGGUCAACAGCAACAGCAACAGCAGCACCAGCACCAGCAGGGAAUGCCCCAACUACCCUCCACCUCGGGACUAUCUGCCCCGGCUGGCCAGCUGCUUCGGGGUGCGACCGACGACGAGGGAAGAAACACCAAGGCGGCACUGCUCGUCGGCAUCAAGCUGGAUCUCGAGGCUGAAGUUCACUUGACGGCAAGAGUUCGCGGAGACAUUUGCAUUGGCUUGUACUAG